GUUUUGUAUGGCUGACAAACAACAUUUCACUGGCGUCCAUAGAAACGUGUGCAAGAAGUGGAGCUAAACAACGGAAUAUCGACAUGUGUUAAAAAACACCUAUUUUCACCCGUAUUUCACCACCUAGAAAGAGGCGAGUCAUGAAAGAACGGACAUAUGGGUGGUACCCCUCUGCAAAAGACGUCUACACCACGAACAGAAGUAUUUACACCCCAUACCAGCAAGAAUGUCUAUACAAGUUCAAGGACACGAUGUACGACACGAAGCAGAUCGCUCCGCCAUCCCCCUUGUUGGUGGUCAGAGGUUACUCGCCAGACGCCAGUUGGAGCCCCGAGCAGUCGAGAUCACGGAGUCCGACACGUGAUCAGGUGUUUGUACUGAAGAGUCGGCGCUCCAAACACCACGUUCCCAAGUACAAACUGAUCCCGACUCUGAAAUUACCCACACCCACACAGUGCUGGGGCACCAAGCUGUCCGAGACGCCGUACACACCGGCCCUUCCGACAGACAACCCGCAAGAGAGUCACACGUCAUCCAGGACGUCUGUCAGGAUAUCAUGGCCCAUUGCACAUGCGGCAAAAUCAUAUAGGAUUACUUCGCAGGCGUCGAAUAGAUCCAGACCCGUGUCACAGGCGUCAGAUAGAUCCAGACCAACGUCACAGGCGUCAGACAGACCCAGGCCCGCGACACAUGCGUCAGACAGAUCCAGGCCCGCGACACAUGUGUCAGAUAGAUCUAGGCCCGCAUCACAGGCGUCAAACAGACCCAGGCCCGCGUCGUGUACACCCAGACGCAGUUCAGUGGCGUUUGAUACAGCCAGACCCUGUUCACAGGGGACAAACACGACAAAGCCACCAUGCACCCCCACGCCUGGUGUACACGGAUUGAAUUCAGCAAGGCCCAUUCCGCAGGCGCCGUGCUCGCCCGAGUCCGUUACUCGGGUGUUGAACUGGCCCAAGCCAACUGCGCGGGAGUUGGUCACGCCCAAACCGCAGGUCACAGCCGACAGUGCAAGAAAAGGAAGCGUGGAAGGCGGAUCGUCGAAACGAGAGCGCGUCAAGAGCGCUGUGUUACCGCGAGACAAGACGUCGCCUCCACAGCGCAAUAUCAAGUCUGCUGGCUCCUCUACCAGGAUUCCUGUCUCGGUGAGCUUGCAGGAUCCAGCAACCCCUGGAGGUGAAAUCGCAUCAUCCACGUCAACUCCACACAAAACACAGCGCUAUUCUGAGACGUGCGACCUUGAGGAUUCGCUUAGAGUCCAGACGUCUGGUGCCGUGAACGCAGACGAGAUUUCGAAUGAGGAACUGGAUUACGAUGCGGCCAGGGAGAAGUAUGGGUGGUAUGCGGAGAUACAGGGAGACCCGCUUGGUCUAAAAAAGCUUCCUCGACGUCCUGUGUACACGGUGCAGUGUGAAACGCCAGUUGUCGCCCCUGAACCUCCAAGAGUUCACAUAGAAAACAAGGAUAUGUUUUUCUACAACACCAUCCCUCGGAAUCCGGGCAGUUUCACCGUGCACACGGAGUGGUUUUCAGAGGUUCUACAGGCUAAACGGAUGGAGCUCCAGAAAAAGGAGGGAGUUAAUUACAGAUGGAGGAACUACGCGUUUGCGUACUAAACGUGAAUCCCUCUGUUUCACGUUUAGAUUAGACCGAAUGUCGGCUGAAUAGAGCUAAAGGAUACUCUGGCUAGUUGUAGAAGUGUUCAUGUUUCUGAAACUUAAGAAAUUUCUGAAACAUAGACAAUGUCCUACAAUAACUGUAAGGCAUAUUUGAAAAGUGAUAAAUCCGAAUUCUGUAGUCCUAUUACAUUAAUCUCUAACCCAUCUGAUACUUUUUAAACCGUGUGGGGUUAAAAAAAGACAACAACAACAUAAAAACAUAAAUGAAAAUCACGACUGGGAAUCCCUGUCUUAAGAAUUCAAAAGAAAUCCAAGUCCGUUCUUUCUAUAGGGUAAUACAAAAUUUAGAAAAGAAAAUACUUUAGUUUUAUGAAAUAGAAAUAAAAGAAAGAAAAUAAGAAGCAAAUAACAUUCUAGGAGACAUUAAAACAGUUUUAGUUUAUCAGCGCUCAAUACAAUGAUCGUGAACCUCAACUACAUUAUUUUAAUUAAAUCAUGGAAAUAAUUAAUGAGACGAAGUAUAAAAUAAUGUCUAUACCGACUUACUUAUUUGAGAACAUUUAAAAAGAGAGAAAUCUAUUAGCUGAAGAAUAGUCGUAUCAACACCAUAUACAAUAUUUUAUCGUCUUGGUGCAAAAAGGUGCACAGACGUUUAAUUGAUAUGAAAAUUAUUAUAUUAUGUAAAGCUCGUACUCAAUAUGUAUGAAUGGAUGAGUGAAUGAAUAAAGUAAAUUAAUAUCAGUUAAUGAAAUUGGAGCUGGGCGGUAUUGAAAUUUCAGGUUCGGUAUCGAUACGGUAUUCGGUAUUGACACAAUUCUGAUAUCGAGCGGUAUUUUCGGUAUACUCUGUUUUAAAUGCUUUCCCGAGUUAAGGCUCACCCGCUAAUUUUAUCUUUUUUUUCAAGUUCAAGGUUAUUUAUUGCCUUAAAUUUUACAACUCACCAGCAUACAUAAUAAAUACAUGUAUAUAUACAGUAUGUACAGUAUAAUGGUUAGGAGCGAUUUUCACAUACUGUGGUGAAUCAUCUAAAUAAAAUUAAAUUCCAUACCCACUUUACUAAACGGCGGGAAAUUUCGGUAUUUUGAGAUUUACUCGGUACGAUAAAUCAGCAAUGAUAUGAUACCGAUAUCGAACAGUAAAUACGGUAUACCGCCCAGCUCUAAAUGAAAUUAGCGUAAAUCUAAAACACUUUCGCAUAUAUGUGCAUACCAGAUUUCCUGCCAACUAUAUUUUUUCUUUUAAAUUGUUUAAAUAUUAUAGGUAAGUGUAAAAAUAUCAACUAUGAACUCUAAAACUGUUAUAAAUGUUCACAAGUUAAACAUUAUACCUGAAACAUUGAGAAAAUAAAUACAAACACAAAGAGAAUAAAGGUUUACCGGUGAGUGUGUGACAGAUAUUAUUUACGAAAGAACAAAAUCUGUUUGAUUUAUUAAUGAACAUUAUGUGAUUCUUUCUUUGUUUUAUAUUUAAAGUUAUUUAAAGUUAUAUAUAUAUAUAUAUAUAUAUAUAUUUUUUUUUUAUAAUUAUAUCAAGAUCUGAAUUUGUUUAAAGUGAUCAUCAAGUAUGACUGGAUAUUCUGUUUGUAGAAAUCGUUUUUUGGUGUUGCUUUUGUUAUUUUUUUAAUUAAUGUUUAUUGUUUUUAAAAAGGUUUUGUUUUAAUUAUUGUAUUUGCCAUAAAACGAUGCUGACCUGAAACAUUUUCGCAGGAAAAAUGUUUUGUGACGUCAUUGAUAAUAGCUUGCACGUUAUGGUGAUGCACGUUGUAUUUAUAUGUCAGUACACUGUUUAGAACACGAAUAAGCACCGACUGUGAUCUGUUAUGAUUUUGAUUUAUAUUUAAGAUUCAAGUACUCUAUCACUGGCACUCAGUCGAACGUAAUUCAGGAUCAUUCAAAGUAAAUAGGUUUGUUGCAUAUUCGCAGUCAUAACUGGUAUGCAAAUUUGUUCACGAUUAUACAUGUAUUGCCCAUAAUUAGCCCUUAUUUAGUCAUUUUGUUUGUUUCUUGUUUAUGCAUGUUUUGCAUCCAGUUCCGUAUGUGGAAUGUUUAUAUGCAAUAAAGUUUUUAUCUUUUUAUCUUUUAUAUAACUGCCCGCCUUGGACAAGUAGUUGUUAUGAAGGAGCUCUUUCUGGCAGGUGGAUAGUUGUGAAGCAUAUCACACCGUAUCGUGACCAUGUGAUAUUAAAUGCCCUACUUUACUAAUUUUAAAUUUGGUUUUCCCAUAUACCAUCAAGGUUCAAGAAGGAUGUCCUGGACCCACUGUUCGAGCUGGCUGUCAGGACAGGGGUUAAUGAGUAUUGUCAGUGAGAAAGAAGUCGGCGAAGUGGUCUCACGUCUCCCCACUGGACUGAUAAAACUCAAUAUGGGUGGGAGGCAAUACUGGGAUUCGAACUCGGCAUCUUCCAGUCUUAACCAUUGAACCCACAAGAGUCGGUGGAUGCUUCGCUCUCAGAAGAUCAUGUUCAAAUUCAUUCAGCUUAGUUACCUUUGACACUCUCUCUGUUGCAGCUUCGGUGAUAUAUUAAUAGGGAUAAAAACUAAAAAUGUAAAUGUUUCAUCAGUUAUGUUAUUCAUAUAAAUUAUGAAAAAGUUACGGGAUACCCUUUGUAUUUCAUAGUUCAGAAUUCAGUCCGUGUUUAGGUUUCAGUCUUAUUAAAACUGCACCAUUGUCCAUAUUGAAAAUACACACCCGAGCACCCGAAAUGUUAAAACAACACAGACAUAUGGAUACUUCUUGUUACAAGUGUGUAUUCCUAUGUCAACGUUGUUCUCAUAUUUGGAAAUGUAUACCACAGUGUAAUUAUAAACAACUUGGACUUAGGAUAUCUAUAAAUGUGUAUCCUGGCGAAGUAUGGGUAAAAAGUCUUCACUUACGAGAAUUUAAAAUACGUCAAUCUCACGUGAUGUUUUACGUUGCCAUUUUGUUCUUUUACGUUUUGUUUCGAUUUCUUUUUUGAUGGUUACUUUUUGGAAAGUCUGUUGAAUGAUGGUGAACCUUUUUACUAUGUAUUGUAUUGAAUGUAGUUUUGUAUUUAUUCAAACAAACAAGAGUAUUGUGAUCAGCUGAGUAUUCUUGUACGUGUACAUUAUUAUUAUUAUUAUUAUUAUUAUUAUUAUUAUUAUAUAUUAUUAGAGUAUAUAUACAUUUUUAAAUAAAUGUCUUAAUUUAAUAAACACUGAAUAUUA